UCUCUCUCUCUCUCUCUCUCUCUCUCUCUCUCUCUCUCUCUCUCUCUCUCCGGUAAUCGUCGGUCCUGUCCCGCACGGAUCCAUUUUAACCCGGACUAUCGGAGCAGCAGCAGCAGCAGAAGAGGCGGGAGCUCGCGUCGUCACAGCAGCAGCGGGAACAUCGCGCGCCAUCAUCUGAGCCUUGAGCGUCAGAGACCCAGAGACGACUCCAUCUUCUCCUCCGUCUUCUCCUCCGUCGUCUCCUCCUGUUCUUCCUGCUGUUCCUGCUCUGGUCGCCACCAUGUCCGGGACCAAGGCCGAGGAGCGGAAGGGCUCCAGCAGCGAGUGGAGAGACGCCUUCUGGAACCCGAGGACCCACGAGCUCCUGGGCCGGACCGCGUCCAGCUGGGGUCUGAUCCUGCUGUUCUACCUGGUCUUCUACCUGUUCCUGGCUGGGAUGUUUGUUCUGACCAUGUACAUCAUGCUGCUCACACUGGACGACUACAAACCCACCUGGCAGGACCGCCUCGCUACACCAGGGAUGAUGAUUCAUCCAAAAGGAGAUCAGCUGGAGAUCACGUUCUCCGUGUCAGAGACAGAGAGCUGGGACAGAUUCACCCAGACCCUCAACACCUUCCUGUCCCCGUAUAACGACAGUUAUCAGGUUCAGAUGAAUGAUAACUGUCCUCCAGAUCAAUUCUUCAUUCAAGAGGACAGUGGAGAGGUCAGGAAUAACCCAAAGCGUUCCUGUCAGUUUAACCGCUCCAUGUUGGAGGAGUGCGCUGGGAUUUCAGACCGUUUCUAUGGUUACAGCAGAGGUCAGCCCUGCGUCCUCAUCAAACUCAACAGGGUGAUCGGCAUGUUGCCGGGGAAGAACGGUCAAUCUCCUUAUGUCACCUGUGGAGCCAAGCGGUACAGAGUGGAGAAGGAGAGAGAUGAGUGGAGGGAGGAUGGUGAUAAGCUGGGACCUCUGGCGUAUUAUCCUCCUAACGGGACCUUUAACCUCAUGUACUACCCGUACUACGGCAAGAAGGCUCAGGUGAACUACACCCAGCCUCUGGUAGCCGUGAAGUUCCUGAACGCCUCUGUGAACACGGACAUCAACGUGGAGUGUAAGAUCAACUCCAACACUCUGGAGGCUGGCAGCGAGAGAGACAAGUUCGCUGGACGGGUCUCCUUCAAGCUACGGAUCAACCACACAUAGAGAGACACACACACACACACACACACACACACAGAGACACAUACAGAGACACGCACACACACACACACACACACACACACACACAUAGAGACACACACACACAUAGAGAGACACACACACACACACACACACACACACA